AUGUCUUUAUAUUCAAAAGAAAUCUUGGCUGUCCCUGAAUCAUAUCAGCCUUUGGCUUUGAUCUGCCUCAGUUUAUGGAGCUGGAUCAUAGUGCUCACAAUCUCGCAUUGGCAGCGCAUUGAUGUCAAUGCACUCUUACAUGCGACAUCACCGCUGCACAAAAGAAGACCGCUGGUGUUUAUGGCAACAGCAUUAACAGCAUUGCUCGCAUUUCAUGCCAUACUGCUGGAGCACGCCAUCUUCAAUCAGCGUACAAACAUUUUGAGUCAAUUUGGCCCAGUGAUAAUGUGCUAUGCAAUGACAAUAGCUUUGGUAUUGUAUUUUCAAGAUGGACAGCGAUUCUUCAAGUGCCUGGGUCGAUUAAUAAAAAGCUGUCCUGUGUAUUUCUCUGAUGUGUUGGUGGCAGAUAUCCUGAUUAGCUUCUCUGGCGUAUUCACAGGCCUAUGUAUAAACCUAAUGCGAGUAGUUCAUGUGCCUCAUUCAAAGUAUGCACCAUUCAUCACCAGCAUUCCAUAUUUGAUCCGUCUAAAGCAAUGUCUCUGCGAUUACUACGCCCAGCAACAUCCAUACAACAGCAAGCUAAUCAACGCAUUCAAAUAUGCCUCCAGCAUACCUGUCGUCUUUCUAGGGUACCAUACCAAACCAAACAACAGCGCAGAUGUCUUUAAUGGCAUCACACAAAACGAUAUAGUGUGGCAGUUAUGGCUUUUCUCAGCAAUGUUCAAUAGCGCAUUUGCAUUUGCAUGGGACCUUGCCAUGGAUUGGGGCCUUGUGCAAAUAGACACAGCAGAAAGUUCAGUUAUACGACUUCGAAAGGAUUUAUACUUUUCUGAUCCAUUGUAUUAUAUCGCAGCAGUAGGCGUUAACGGCAGUCUACGGCUGCUAAAGAUUGGUUCCCACGUAUACCAUGUGCAUCCCAUUUGCAUUGAUGUGGCGGAAAUCGUCAGGAGAUGGAUUUGGGUUGUGUUUCGAUUUGAAAAUGAGUGGCUAAAACGGUCCUACUCAAAUACAGAUGUAGAGCUACAGCAACAGCCAGCAUUUGCCAGUGCGGCCAACGCGCUCCAUAUUACGCCUCAUUCAUGA